AUGGCAUCUUCAAAUGGUCGUGAUCGUUUAUUGAGUCGUGGACAACGAGUUUUUGCAUUUGGAUCGAGUACUCCGAGAGAAUUAUCACAUUUGAAUAAGGUGAGCUAAAGAGCUAGCAGAAGCCUAAUUUCUCCGCUAAACCUAAGGAGAAGCUUAAGAAGAUUUCCUUAUCUUACCCUUAAUAGAAAUCGCCCUAGCAUUAGCUAAGCCCGAUUUAAGGCCUUGAAGCUUAGGAUCAUACCAAGCCUAAGAAAUCACCCUAGUUUUUUUCCAUACAUUCGGGCUUCUCUCAAUAAAAAUAGUUUUUGGUGAUUCAACUCCAACUAUAAAAGUGUAAUUAGUUUUCCAGAGCAAUAAAAUAAAAUAAAAAUACACACACUACUAUAAAAUAAACUCAUUUUGUGUAUCUAGAAUUAGGUCCUUCCCUCAAACAUCGAUAAAAAACAGAGGGAGGGCCGAGAUAUAAACUGGAAUUUUGUCGCCGAAUCGAGCUACAGUAAUCCUGAAAAAUUGUGCUGAAAGUUUGAUAAAUUUUGAUCUACAGGAAACAUUUUUGCGCCAAUUUUUUUUUGGAUUACUGUAGCCCACAGUUUUUUGAACUUUCGGGACAACUUUUUGGACUACUGUAGCUCAAAGUUUAUAGAAUUUCAUCCCAGGAUUACUCUAUCUCCCAAUUCUAUAAAUUAUGAUCUACAGUAUGAAUAUUUGCACCAAAUGUUCAGGACUACUGUAUCUCAACAUUCUCAUGAUUUUGGCUCCAAAUAAGUUCGGAAAAUUGUGCUGAAAAUUAUGAGCUACAGUACCCAUAAAAAGCCUGCAAGAAGCCUAAGGGAAUGAAAAAUCUUUGAAAAAUUCUAACCUAUGCCUACACUAAGCCUAGAUUAAACCCUCUUCCAGGUUCCUCCUUCAAAACUCGAUGAAAAAUCCGAAACACAAAAACCAAGUCUGCGUGAUUAUAUAAUUCGAGCUCGAUCUUUGUCACGAGAAGGAUCAGCAGACAAUCGAAAUUCAUUUGUUUUCGGCUCUUCGACUCCUCGAUCAUUCGCGCAUUUGGACAAAAUUCCAACGAAGCAACGCGUUUACGAUGCGAAAAUACCCAAGAAAAGUGCGACACAUUCGGAUUUCAAAGCAACUCCCAUUAGAUAUAAUAAUUGUGAGUGGACUAGGGGCUGUUAGCCCCCAGGCGUAACUGUCUUCUCAUUUAUUUCAGUUUCACUUUUUUCUGUGAUUAUUGUCCACAGAACAUUGACUUACAAUCAAAUUUAUAGAAAACCUCGAAUUUUUUUAUCAAAAAAUGAUUCGUGGCAAAAUCAGGAAGGCUUCCUAAUUUUGCCAUGGAUGAAGUCAUCGAUAAAUUUAAAAAAAAAAACUUAUUUAAUUAUUUUUUUAUUUGCAUAAUUAUAGACAUGACUUUUUCUCAAUAAUUUCAUUUCUGGAUGAAAUUCGGAUUUUUUUUGUUUUUUAACAGUGUUAAAAAUUUUCUUUCAAUUUUUUUUAGUUUAAAAGUUGGUUCUGGGUGGCUUACUAAGCCUAAGCCUGAGAGGAAGUAAAAAAAUCGGCCCGAGUUUUUUUUGUUUGACAAAAAUACCCGCCCAAAUGAAAAUUUCGAUUUGAGCGGGUAGCUGACAAAAAUUGAAAUUUUAAUUUUCGUGUAUUUCAACAAAAAAAGUAACAGAUUUGGAAUAAUCCAAAAAUGUAAAAAUGAAAUCGAUGAGUUGGGACCUAAAUGACACUUCCUCUCAGGCUUAGGCUUAGUAAGCCACCCAGAACCAACUUUGAAACUAAAAAAAAUUGAAAGAAAAUUUUUAACACUGUUAAAAAACAAAAAAAAUCCGAAUUUCAUCCAGAAAUGAAAUUAUUGAGAAAAAGUCAUGUCUCCAAACCGAAAUUUCUGUUUGGAGACGGUCAUGUCUAUAAUUAUGCAAAUAAAAAAAGAGAUUCAAUAAUUUUUUUCGAAAAAUAGUUUGAUGACUUCAUCCAUGGCAAAAUUAGGAAGCCUUCCUGAUUUUGCCACGAGUCAUUUUUUGAUCAAAAAAUUUGAAAUUUUCUAUAAAUUUGAUUGUAAUUCGUGUGUUUAACAUCUUACGAGUACACUUAAUUCAAAAAAUAAUUGAAUAAGUUUUUUUUUCGAAAAAUUUAUCGAUGACGUCAUCCAUGGCAAAAUUAGGAAGCCUUCCUGAUUUUGCCACGAAUCAUUUUUUGAUCAAAAAAUUCGAGUUUUUCUAUAAAUUUGAUUGUAAUUCGUGUGAUUUACAAUUUUUGAAUAAAUUCACAGAAAAAAGUGAAACUGAAAUAAAUGAGAAGACUGUUACGCCUGGGGGCUAACAGCCCCUAGUCACUUAACAAAAAAAAACUCGGGCCGAUUUUUUUUGGAAAAACUCGGGCCGAUUUUUUUUUGGAAAAACUCGGGCCGAUUUUUUUUUUGGAAAAACUCGGGCCGAUUUUUUUUUUGGAAAAACUCGGGCCGAUUUUUUUUUGGAAAAACUCGGGCCGAUUUUUUUUUUGGAAAAACUCGGGCCGAUUUUUUUGGAAAAACUCGGGCCGAUUUUUUGGAAAAACUCGGGCCGAUUUUUUUUUUGGAAAAACUCGGGCCGAUUUUUUUUGGAAAAACUCGGGCCGAUUUUUUUGGAAAAACUCGGGCCGAUUUUUUUUUGAAAAAAACUCGGGCCGAUUUUUCUUGAAAAAACUCGGGCCGAUUUUUUUUUUGGAAAAACUCGGGCCGAUUUUUUUUUUUUUUUGAAAAACUCGGGCCGAUUUUUUUGGAAAAACUCGGGCCGAUUUUUUUGGAAAAACUCGGGCCGAUUUUUUUGGAAAAACUCGGGCCGAUUUUUUUUUUGGAAAAACUCGGGCCGAUUUUUUUGGAAAACCUCGGGCCGAUUUUUUGAAAAAAUCCGAGCCGAAACUUUGAAGCUAAAAAAAAUUGAAUGAAAAUUACGACCAAAUUUACAAUUAGAUAAAGAAAAUUUCAAAUUUUUUGAUCAAAAAAUGAUUCGUGGCAAAAUUAGGAAGGCUUCCUAAUUUUGCCAUGGAUGAAGUCAUCAAUCAAUUUUUCGAAAAAAAAACUUAUUCAAUCUUUUUUUCGUAUUGAAGACUUGAAAAAAAUUCUUGGCCCGUUAUGAUUUUGAAAUUCUUGAACAAUGCCAAUAGCAUCUGAAGAAUCAGGCUUUUUCGCUCAUGGGUCACGCAUGAUAUUUUCUCGAUUUUCUCUUUUUAUUAAGCUUUUUCUUCUCCAUUUUCUUUUUUUCUUUUUUGCCGCGUUGGAAUGUCGAAUUUUCGCAAUUUUGGGGAGAAAGGAACAAAAUUUCCGAAAAUCUGCAUUACUCGAUAUAGGGACUAGGGGCUGUUAGCCCCCAGGCGUAACAGUCUUCUCAUUUAUUUCCGUUUCACUUUUUUCUGUGAUUAUUGUCCACAGAACAUUGACUCACAAUCAAAUUUAUAGAAAAUUUCAAGUUUUUUGAUCAAAAAAUGAUUCGUGGCAAAAUCUGGAAGGCUUCCUAAUUUUGCCAUGGAUGACGUCAUCGAUCAAUUUUUCGAAAAAAAAACUUCUUCAAUCUUUUUUUCGUUCUGUAACUUUUUUUUUUGAAAAAUCUCGGGCCGAUUUUUUUUGAAAAAUCUCGGGCCGAUUUUUUUUGAAAAAUCUCGGGCCGAUUUUUUUUUGAAAAAUCUCGGGCCGAUUUUUUUUUGAAAAAUCUCGGGCCGAUUUUUUUGAAAAACUCGGGCCCAAUUUUUUUGAAAAAACUCGGGCCGAAUUUUUUUUGAAAAAUCUCGGGCCGAUUUUUUUUUGAAAAAUCUCGGGCCGAUUUUUUUUGAAAAACUCGGGCCGAUUUUUUUGAAAAAACUCGGGCCGAAUUUUUUUGAAAAAUCUCGGGCCGAUUUUUUUUGAAAAAUCUCGGGCCGAUUUUUUUGAAAAACUCGGGCCGAUUUUUUUUUGAAAAAAACUCGGGCCGAUUUUUCUUGAAAAACUCGGGCCGAUUUUUUUUUGAAAAAAACUCGGGCCGAUUUUUCUUGAAAAAUCUCGGGCCGAUUUUUUUUGAAAAAAACUCGGGCCGAUUUUUUUUUACAUUUUUGGAUUAUUCGAAAUCUGUAACUUUUUUUUGAAAAAACUUUCGAAAAAAAAACUUAUUUAAUUAUUUUUUGAAUUUAAUGUUAUCGUAAGAUGUUAAACAAACGAAUUACAAUUAAAUUCAUCAAAAAUUUCAAGUUUUUUGAUAAAAAAAUAACUCAUGGCAAAAUCUGAAAGGCUUCCUAAUUUUGCCAUGGAUGACGUCAUCGAUCAAUUUUUCGAAAAAAAAAACUUCUUCAAUCUUUUUUUCGUUCUGUAACUUUUUUUUUGAAAAAUCUCGGGCCGAUUUUUUUUUUUUGAAAACUCGGGCCGAUUUUUUUUUUGAAAAACUCGGGCCGAUUUUUUUUUGAAAAAUCUCGGGCCGAUUUUUUUUGAAAAACUCGGGCCGAUUUUUUUUUGAAAAAAACUCGGGCCGAUUUUUCUUGAAAAAUCUCGGGCCGAUUUUUUUUUUGAAAAAAACUCGGGCCGAUUUUUUUUUUACAUUUUUGGAUUAUUCCAAAUCUGUAACUUUUUUUUGAAAAACUCGGGCCGAUUUUUUUUGAAAAAAACUCGGGCCGAUUUUUCUUGAAAAAUCUCGGGCCGAUUUUUUUUUUGAAAAAUCUCGGGCCGAUUUUUUUGAAAAACUCGGGCCGAUUUUUUUUGAAAAAAACUCGGGCCGAUUUUUCUUGAAAAAUCUCGGGCCGAUUUUUUUUUGAAAAAUCUCGGGCCGAUUUUUUUUUUGAAAAACUCGGGCCGAUUUUUUUUGAAAAAACUCGGGCCGAAUUUUUUGAAAAAUCUCGGGCCGAUUUUUUUUUGAAAAAUCUCGGGCCGAUUUUUUUGAAAAACUCGGGCCGAUUUUUUUUUGAAAAAAACUCGGGCCGAUUUUUCUUGAAAAAUCUCGGGCCGAUUUUUUUUUUUGAAAAAAACUCGGGCCGAUUUUUUUACAUUUUUGGAUUAUUCGAAAUCUGUAACUUUUUUUUGAAAAAACUUUCGAAAAAAAAACUUAUUUAAUUAUUUUUUUGAAUUUAAUGUUAUCGUAAGAUGUUAAACAAACGAAUUACAAUUAAAUUCAUCAAAAAUUUCAAGUUUUUUGAUAAAAAAAUAACUCAUGGCAAAAUCUGAAAGGCUUCCUAAUUUUGCCAUGGAUGACGUCAUCGAUCAAUUUUUCGAAAAAAAAAAACUUCUUCAAUCUUUUUUUCGUUCUGUAACUUUUUUUUUGAAAAAACUCGGGCCGAUUUUUUUUUUUUUGAAAACUCGGGCCGAUUUUUUUGAAAAACUCGGGCCGAUUUUUUUUUGAAAAAUCUCGGGCCGAUUUUUUUGAAAACUCGGGCCGAUUUUUUUUUUUUGAAAAAUGUCGGGCCGAUUUUUUGAAAAAACUCGGGCCGAUUUUUUUUUUUGAAAAAUCUCGGGCCGAUUUUUUUUUUGAAAAAACUUUCGAAAAAAAAAACUUAUUUAAUUAUUUUUUUGUAUUAAAUGUACUCGUAAGAGGUAAAUCACACGAAUUACAAUUGAAUUCAUGAAAAAAUUCAAAUUUUUUGAUCAAAAAAUGACUCGUGGCAAAAUCUGGAAGGCUUCCUAAUUUUGCCACGGAUAAAGUCAUCGAUAAAUUUUUCGAAAAAAAAACUUAUACAAUAUUUUUUUCGUAUUGAAGACUUGAAUAACAUUCUUGACCCGUUAGGAAUUAGGAAUUCUUGAACAAUGCCAAUGGCAUCUGAAGAAUCAGCCUUUUUCAUUCAUGGGUCACGCGUGAUAUUCUCUCGAUUUUCUCUUUAUUUUUGAGCUCUUUUUGUUCCAUCUUCUUUUUUUCUUUUUUGCCGCGUUGGAAUGUCGAAUUUUCGCAAUUUUGGGGAGAAAGGAACAAAAUUUCCGAAAAUCUGCAUUACUCGAUAUAGGGAAAAAUUUUUUCCGAGUGGGGCUCGAACCCACAAAAGAAGGAGGCUGGCCUGAUUGGAAGGCAGAGCUCUCCCCGCCUACACCACACGUGUAGGUAAGAAAUGAAGCAUUUUUGAUAAAUAUAUAUUUAUCAGAAUUUCACGUGACCGGGAGAAAUGAACAUUUCUAAAUAAAUUUCACCUUACGGGAUUUUAAUGAGAGGGCGAAAAAUUUUUCCGAGUGGGACUCGAACCCACAAAAGAAGGAGGGUGGCCUGAUUGGAAGGCAUCACUCUCCCCGCCUACACCACACGUGUAGGUAAGAAAUGAAGCACUUUUGAUAAAUAUAUAUUUAUCAGAAUUUCACGUGACCGGGAGAAAUGAACAUUUCUAAAUAAAUUUCACCUUACGGGAUUUUAAUGAGAGGGCGAAACAUUUCUAGGGACCUUUCAAACCAAUAAUUUGCAGUACCUCAAAAACCAAUGUCAACCCCAAAAAAAGAUCCAAUUCGACAUGUCAUAACUCCAAAAGACGAUGAUAUUGCAUCUGAACCAGAUAUUGUGCAAGAUCGAGAAGAAUUUAUGGAAGAAAUGAGAAAACAUAAGAAGAAAUUGGAGGAUUCGAAGAAGAAAGUGAAGAUUGUGGAAAAUCAAAAGUUUGCGCAUGCUCCGGAAAUAGAAGGAGAUUUGAAGAAAACUAUUCGAGUUGAGACAAAAAAACAUGAAGAAAAACAAAUUGCAGUGGAAAAUUUAUCAGCUAAUGAGAUGAAUGAUCAGGUAACAUUUUUGGCUGAAAUUCGAAAAGCCUUGAUGUCAAGCUUCAAAAUCUGGCCUAAUUUUGACCGAAAAUCGUCCAAAUAUCGCUGAAGCUUAGAGGAAAAAGGCCCAAAUUCAGGUCCGAUCGAUUUCGGAGCUACAUUUCAGAAAUUUUCAAAAAUUAUAUGAAUUAGAGCUAUUUUAAAAUUGAUUUUCAGCAAAUUAAUGAUUUUUGGCUCAAAAUUCCAUCAAUUUUCAGUCUGAAGUUCAAAAAUUCCAAUUUUCCAGGUCGAAGUUUCUCAAUUAAAUGGCGAUGAAGAAAAGAGCAUUGAGCAAAAAGUUGCUCCUCAAAAAGAGAUAAAAUCAGUUGAAGAACUCAAGAAUACGGUAGUUGAAAAAGUUGAAGAGGUAGGAAAUUCAUUUAAAAAAUUUGGAGCUAAAUUUCAUAAUUUUCAAAAAUUAUGAAUAUUCGUGCAUUUUUCAAUUGAUUUUUAGCAAAUUAUUUAUUUUUGGCUCAACGUUUCAUUAUAAAAAAACUUUUUUUUUUUCAGAAAGUCUCGGACGGUAUUAAAAAUCUCGAAUUAGGAUUAGAUAAAUUGGAAAAAUCUGGUGAAAAAGUGAGUUUUUUUUUUUUGAAAAAAAUUAAUUUUCAGAUGAAAAAUUCAACAUUUCAGACAAUCUCAAAUAUUUUGGGAAAAGUCGAAGAAGCUAAAGAUGUAAGUUUUUUUUUCUAAAAAAUUCGAAACAAAACUUUUUUUUUUUUAGAAAAUCGUGGAAACUUCUGACAAAUUGGAAAAAUCUGGGGAAAAUGUGAGUUUUUCCAAAAAAUUUUGAAUUUUUAAAUGAAAAAAAAUUUUUUUUUAGACAAUCUCAAAUAUUUUGGAGAAAGUCGAGCUGGCAAAAGAUGUAAGUUUUUUUCGAAAAAAUUCGAAACAAAAAAAAAUUCUUUUUUUUUUUAGAAAAUCGUAGAAACUUCGGAAAACGUGGCAAAUGUGAGUUGAAAUUCAAAUUUCAAAAAAAAUUUCCUCAAAAUUUUCAGGAAAUCUCCAAAACCGCUGAUCACAUUGAUAAUGUAAGUGUUUUUCUUUUUUGUUGGAAAAAUCACAGUUUUUGAUUUCAGGCCAUUUCAAAAACCGUGGAUGAAAUCACAAACGACAAAUAG